AUGACUUGUAACGAAGCGUCUGCUAUCCAAUUGACAAAAUCAAAGGAGAAUUAUCACGCUCGCUAUGGGGAAUAUACCCGUCUUCGACGCAAUGAUGUCAAUGCCCGGGACGUAGAGAAAGCCGAGGCUAAAUUGAAAAAGGCUCAAGUGGAUUACAAAUAUUCCGUUGAAAAGUAUAACAACUUACGAAACCAAUUUGUUUCAAAAAUGGAUGUGUCUUGUUUAAAUUUUCAGGUUUGUUUGUUCAAAUAUCUGUGGGCUGCUUUCGUUAUACACAAUUUUGGCUUAUUUUUCAUAACUUAA